CACCAAGACUAAAAACAAUCUCAUCUUCUCCCCAUCAGGAAGAUGAGAGCUCUCCCGUAGAGGAACUGAGGUGACUUGGUUGAGGAAAACUGCGUAACCUCCUGGGUCUUGCACUAAGAGGCAUCGUCCGGAGAUUGAUCGUCACCGUUUCCGCAUCCAACUUCUGACAAUCAACAAUACGAGUCAAGGUAUUUCUAUUCGGCUUUGAUAAUCUAGCAAGAUGAGAUUCCAGGAAAUUAUAUAGACUAAAGUUUAAUUCCAUAAAGUGGUAUCAGAGCCAUUAGAUUAUUGGGGUUUUAGUAUCAUAUAUGUUAUAUGUAUGAUUUUGGUCUCCUUCUAGGUUUCGUUCUUUUGUGGAUAUCUUUAGCAUGUUCAUGUUCGGUGCAUGAUUUAUUGGCAGAUCAUAUUUGGUUAUUUUAAUUGGAUUAAGUUGAGUAGUCAAUAAUUUCAUUAUGGGUCUGGAUCCAAUUGCUUUUGUGUCCAUGCUUCGUCCAAUCCAAAUUUCAAACCAAUAUCCCACAGGCCCAAAUGCUCGGACUCAUGCAUGUUAUUAUUAUUAUUAUUAUUAUUAUUCUGGGAAUGGAAAAUCUUGAAUCUAGAUUGUCAAAUGGGCAACCAGGUUUUUCGGUCAACUGACGUUUGGUUAUUCAUUAGGACAAUUGAGUGAAGAUGUUUGGCAAAUUUUAUUUUCCGGUCGCCAUUAGCCCAUUACGACUGGGAAUAUAAAGCUCUAAUUCAAUUGUGAUGGUAUCUUGUGACUGAUUUCAUGUUCCAUUUGAGAUUAAUUCCCUGAUUGUAUAGCUUCCUGUUUAUGGGAAAUUGAGUGCGUUAAAUUCCUUAAUAUAAGAUCGUAAUCCUUCGUGUGGGGUGAGGAUUCUAGUGGGAUCAUAUGCCUUUCCCUCCGCCCCCUCUCCUUACCGUAAGUUUGUUGGUUAUUUCUUUGCCGUGAGCUUUGGUGUACGUUAUGGAAAAUAAUAAUUAAGUAGUGGUUAUUAUAAUUAUUAUAGUAUUUAUCUUACGGUUAGGGAAAGGGAGCAUUAAGCUCUUUGCCGAUUGAGGAAACGACAAGUUUCUUUUUCGAGUUUUGUUAUUAUAAUAAUUCCUCUCCGUAAUAGUUAUUGAGAAAUAAUUACUCUCGGUAAUAGUCUCUUUGGGAGUUGCUAUCAACCGUAUCAUUUAUAGCUGAAAAGUAAAACUGCACCACCAAUUCAAAAUUUCCUGCCCGUAGAGUGAUUUUAGGAGGCUAGGCUGAUGUGGCAGGGUGUUUAGGCGGGAUUAAUUUAGAAACCCCUCCUAAUGGAGUGGUAAAAACCGUCGAGUCCCACUACUUUUUUUGUUUUGGCUGAAAUCUCCUUCCCGUGUCCUUUUCGCAUUAACUUCCUAUUCUACGUUUUCCUUUCUCCUUCCCGCAGCACGGCAGCAGAUUAAUUUUUUAGAGGACAAUUUUGGGAAGAGGACUGAAUUUUGCUGCUCAACGGAGGAAGACACUGUCUGCUGCCGAGUUCACCGGGCCGAGAUUCCGCAGCUUAGAACGAGUUGAGUCAGGUGACCGGAGGCGAAAUCCGCGGAGGCUGAUCUCGAGCGCAGCGGGGAAAUCAGAAAGCAAAACCCCAUACACUAAAUCUUCGCCAGCCGCCGCCGUCUGGUCGAACUUCCAUCGUGGCUCGAGGAUUGAAGAAGCAUUUGAAGAGGCUCAAUGCUCCCAACAAUUGGAUGCUCGACAAGCUUGGCGGCUCUUUUGCUCCGAAGCCGUCGUCUGGACCUCACAAGUCGAGGGAGUGCCUGCCGCUGGUUCUGAUUCUCCGAAAUCGUAUGAAGUAUGCACUUACUGGCAGUGAGGUGAUGGCUAUUCUGAUGCAGCUUCAUGUUAUGGUGGAUCACAAAGUUCGGACUGACAAGACUUUCCCUGCUGGUUAUAUGGAUGUUGUUUCGAUCCCCAAGACCAAUGAGAACUUCCGGUUGCUUCUGUCUUCACUCCAUCCGGGACGAGGAGUCAAAGUUCAAGCUCUACAAGGUCAGAACUAUUCAGUUUGGACAGAAAGGAAUCCCCUACCUGAACACCUUUGAUGGGCGAACCGUCCGCUACCCUGAUCCGCUCAUCAAGCCGAACGGCACCAUCAAGCUCGAUCUGGAGAGCAGCAAGAUCGUGGAUUUCAUCAAAUUUGAUGUUGGCAACGUCGUCAUGGUCACCGGAGGAAGGAACAGAGGGCGUGUGGGCAUCAUCAAGAACCGUGAGAAACAUAAGGGUAGCUUCGAAACCGUGCAUAUCCAGGACUCGAUGGGACAUGAGUUUGCUACUCGCUUGGGGAAUGUGUUUACGAUCGGCAAGGGAACCAAGCCUUGGGUGUCCCUUCCCAAGGGCAAUGGAAUCAAGCUGACAAUCAUCAAGGAAGCCAGGAAGAGGGCGGCUGCAGCCCAAGCUGCUGCUUAAAGAGUAUUUCAAGGCUUAAGGGUAGACUCUAGCUGUGGCUAUCUCUCUAUCUAAAUCUUUCCUGUUGCUGGGUAAACUUUAGUUGUGGAUUAAAACUUGAUUAGCUUGUAUGAGAGUUGUUGGGAGAAGGUUCUGCUGGAUCUUAUACCACACUCUUACGGAGAGAACAUUCUCUGAGGAACACAAGUGACUAUGCAUCAUAGAUAGGUAGUAUCUCCGGUUCCAUGUUUAGAUAAUGUCCAGUAAUCACUGCGUCUAAUAUGCUUGACCAUCUUAACGAAGUCGGUUGCAUAUCCAGGGAUUGGCAGGUGAAUUAUUUUCUUGGAUAAUCUUCAAGCCUGAGCAUUGUCAUGUUUCCCGUGUCUUUUCUUGGGCACGAUCCUUUGCUUUUUGUAUAUUGAAGAAGACAGGUCUACUUUUGGUAGGUUCAUUCCCAAACGACCACAUAACACAGUUAAAUGUAGCAGAAUGUGGGAUUUUGAUAUUGAAAUGGGGUUUCGUCUACUAUGAGCAAUAUUAGCUUAUUGAUAUGCUACAUUCCACCCAUAUGACAAUUGAGAAACCUUAGUGAAAUAUGUCAUUUUGUUUCGCUUCAUUUUGCUUUUUAGCUGGUUUUGACUGCUUUUCUAACAAUGUGCCAUACUAGGUUAUACUUCAAUGCUGCGGAAUAACGUUCCGUCCCGUGCCUAGGGAGCUGGAAUUGGUUGUCGGUAACAAUAAAGUCCAAGUACUCUCCCCUUUAUGCUCCAAUUUCUUCUUCCAUUCUUUUUGUUAUGUGUUGAGAAUCAUAAUAAACAUUUAUGUUACUGUUAAUAGACAAAGGUGAUGAGAAUUCGAGUUUGAUUAGUUUCUAAUGGUCGAGGAUUUUGGUUUCUGUACAAACAGUUCCUGUAUUUCCUUUUGAUAGCAUCAAAGUUUUUAUCCUGAUCCUGAACCUUUUGACAGGAAGACCUGCAGCUAUUUUGAGUAGAGUGUACAGAGUGCAGCAGAACAUGAGCCUACAAUACAACAGGUGAUCACAUUAUCUCAUAGCUCAAAUAAUGAAGGGUUAAUAUUUUCGUAUGACCUGAACUUUGACCAAAAUAAACAUCCUGGCCAAUCUUUUCGAUCUAUAACAUCCUGGCCCGAACUAUACACCAAAAUAAACAAUUUGGCCAAACUCGAUGUUUGACCGUUAACUUGGACGGUCAAACGCGUUGACUAACGGUCAACGCGCCACGUCACUGCCAAGUCAGAAGAUUUGAUAAAUAUUUAACUUUUUUCGUUUUUAAUUUUGGUUUAACUAAGGUAUUAGAUGAUUUUUUUUAAUUUAUAAUAAUUUAAAAUUAGAGAAUGUGUGGAAAUUGUGAAUUAUUUUAAAUAUUUUAUGCUGACUUGGCAGUGACAUGGCGCGUUGACUAACGGUCAACGCGUUUGACCGUCCAAGUUAACGGUCAAACAUCAGGUUUGGCCAAAUUGUUUAUUUUGGUGUAUAGUUCGGGCCAGGAUGUUAUAGAUCGAAAAGAUUGGCCAGGAUGUUUAUUUUGAUCAAAGUUCAGGUCAUACGAAAAUAUUAACCCAAUAAUGAAAGAAGAAUCAUGCUUCCUCUUAGUAACUAUGGCAUAGAAUAAACUAAUUAGCGCUACAAAAAAAUACAAUCGCUUAAUUCAACCUACAUACGAAUUUAACUAUGUAAAAUUAAAAUAAAAGCAAUAAAUUGUCUGUAAAUUAUUAGCUCUACAAUUGAUAAUAUGUAUCAAAUUUAAAAAAAUAAUAAAAAUAAACAUUGCCGGCUAUUGCCGUCCGCUCGCCGCUAUCCCCGUCUGCUCGCCGGCGUCGGGCCCCAUCCGCCUGCGGCGAGCGGACGGGGAAAAUACAGGAGGUCAGUGCACGGGGGUUUACCUGAUUCACUGGUCCGACGAUGUGGUACGGCUGUCGUCCAGUGGCCGGCGAAUUAUGCUGACGUUGGUCCGAUGGUGGGCGACUUAGGCUGCCGUCCGGUGGCCGUGACUCUUGCUGGCUAUGGUGAUUGUGGGGGGUUGGUGGUCGGGUGGUGUGUAGGUAGUUUCAAAAACCAAACCAGAGAGUAGAAUAUAAAGAAAAUUUUGGA